AUGGCCUAUCAGAAGUGUAGUCGUUUACUAGAGGGCCUAGGGGAGCACAUCCUCCUUCCUCUGUGCUCCUUUAUAGUGCCCAGGUUCCCCAGUGCACUUGGCCCCUGGCUGAGUAGACCCCUUUUUAAUCUGGAGCUGUCAAACACAGAAGAUGCUUUUACGUGCCACGCGGGGCCGUUGGAAGUCCCUGAAGACAGUCGUGUCUUUGUGCUGGGAGCACCAAUGGUGGGUGGGGGACCUGUGGGGAACAGGAUGAUCCUGGUGGCACCUCCGUUCCCUAGGUGGCUCUGUCCCGUCUAUCCUCGCCCUAGUUCCUGGCCCUGCAUCUCUGCUCAGUAACACAGUCCACACCCGACCCUGGGGCUGCUGCGCGGGGGCUGCCCAGCUCACACUUGGGUCACCUUCCCGCCAUCACUGCACCCGGAUGCUGCUCACCCAGCACAUGCCAGCUUCCGUCUGCAUCCAGUCUUCAACGCCUCCGUGCAGUUUUUGCACUGCCAAUUGAGCUGCUGCCACCGCCACAGCCACCAUCACCGGCACCACGGGUGCGCUUGUGCAGAGACGGAAAUCUGGUCGCUGAAGACUUCUCUGUACAGCUGGACACAAGCUGGGGGAGGGCUGCUUUGGUAUCUGGGUCUCAGGCUGAGAUCUGGGUGUAGGGAUGCACCAGGGGACUCUUGGGGCUCUGAGCAAGGAUUCCUUCAAAGACUGGACAUGGACACCAGAUUUCCUCUACCACAAGGCUCUGAGUGCCUGCCUCAGGAUGAGGCACGGGCUGGCCCCAGUGGCGGGAGCGACGAGAGCCCCCACCUGCACACCUUGACACAGCCUAUUGUGGUUACAGUACCGAGGCCGCUCCGGCGGCCAUCCAAGAGCGUCGCCGUUGGAGCUGUACGACCCGAGCCUGCUGCAGCUGCGCUAGAGCCUGCGCCAGUAGUGGCGCUAGUUGCCGCCUUCGUGCUGGGCGCUGCUUUGGCAGCCGGGCUCGGCUUAGUCUGCGCACACUCAGGUACCGACCUCUGCUCUGCUGGACCAGCAUCCUACUCCAACGCAUCCAGGCCCGGGCUCAUCAGGAUCCCAAGCCUGCAAGGGGCCUGACAUCCCUAGACCAAGGUCUGCUACAACUGCAGCCGCUUCAGCCAGGGGGCGCGCUACCGUGGCCAGCGUGCAGCAACCCCUACUCCAGCCAGCUUUUUCUACCAGCGCUUUCGCACCACCGUCAAUCCUAUAGAGCAUCGCCCAACAGCCUUGGGCUCCGGAGGCCCCAGUGAGGCAGGGAAGUACGGGAGGGGAGAUCAGAAGCAAGAGCUGGACAAGGAAGGGAUGGUAUGACCCAGCGAGCUCCUGAGAUGCACCUAGACUUGGUUUCAGGAGGGACCGAGACCUACCAACUUGGACACGAUCCUUUGGGGCUACGACUUCUGCGCUUCUUCCCUCCUCUUUGCUCACCCCCCCCCCCAAAAAAAAAACCUGGUCUCAAGCUCUGCUGACUUGCUGAGUUCUGGAGGAUGCAGUGUAUACGCAAGGCCAAGCCUUCUCUGAUCGCCACUCCCAGGGCCCAGACCCUGCCAUGGCUCAGGUCUCUUCUUGCUGGUCAAGACUGCAUCGCAUAUUUUGUCACCUCAGUCUUGAGCUCUUUAAAUCCCUGUUACCCAGCUCCUUCCUCCAUGCAUAGGCACAAUGAAACUACUAGGCAGUUUGCAGACAAGGAAACAGGCUCAGCAAAAGAUGAAUCACUUGUCCAAGGUCUUCAGGGUUCCCAAAGAUUUGGAUUAGAGGCGUUCACCAGCCUGGAAAGCCAAGGCUUUUGAAAGGACAGCUGUCCACCUUUGAGAAAAGCAAAGCACAUAGUUGGGGUUUCAUGAGUUUGUUCAAGGAUGUAGGGAGGGCACAUGACGUGUUGGCUCUAGCUCAUGAGUAAGGUGAAAC